CCCAAGCUCGGCCGCGGCGCGCAUCGCUGCCGCAGGCUGCCCCGGGCAUUCGCGAGGCCGCACGGCUGCCUGCGACGCCCGGCCGCCGCGGCGCAGCAUCGCGCAGCAAUGGCGGACGCCACCUACGGCGCCUCCACACCAACAGAGACAGAUGAGCGCACGACGCUGAUCCAGAAGCGGCCGCGGAGGUUACGAAGGUCCGUCGCGGCCGCCACGGCCGCGCUCGUCCUCUGCGGCACGGCUAUCAAGGUGCGCCGCGGUGCAAUAAGCGAGCUCGACGAGGUCGGCGAGCUGGGCGAGUAUCCCACGACGACCUGGGAGGCGGUGAAUAACGAUAGUGUAGAAAAGGUCUACGAUCUGGAAGAACACGUCCUCGUGACCACAGAAGUGAACGAAGCCUACGUCUUCUACAAGGAGCUGCUGUUCGGGAGGCUCGGCAGAGCGACAGGGACCCUGGAUCCGUCGCAAGGCGUCCGGGUCAAGUCGCAUUCCUACGCGAAUAGCGCCUGGAACUUGUUCCAGGUGCAGCUAGAUGCGAAGCUCAUCAAGGCCAAUUCUAUCGUUUGGUUCACGGUCGCCAACACGAUGGACGCGCUCGUGGCCGGUGGGAGGAAGGCGGAAUUGAAUGCGAUGGGCGUUCCCGACGAGGUGAUCUACUGGGGCUGUAACUCGGGCGACGUCUGCGACGGCUCCGACGGUCAAUUGCUCGUGCAGCGGUGCGUCUAUACCUAUGGUGACGAUAUCUUACUGCACAACACGUUGCUGAGGACUCUGUUGGCCUAUGAACUGCCUCUGACCAUCGUCUUGGCAUCUGAUUUAGAUUGCAAGACGCGACUCCCGGUUACCCACCACAAGAUCGUCUACGCGGGCGACUCGUGCCAGGAGCUGGUGGAGGAGUACCGGUCGCGGGGCGGCGACGCCGCCUGGUUCCCGCAGGGCUACGAGGGCGUCGUCACCGACUCCGCCGUCGACGCGCUCGUGGAGAACGUCGAGGCGUCCCUCGAGGCCGAGAAGGACACGUUACUGAGCUAUGCGGGCUCCGUCCUCUUCCGGAAGCCGAGCCGCGUGCGGUUGGGGGAGUGGGCCAUUAGCGGAGGCAUCGAGGAGAUGGAGCAAUUAGCGGCGAAGGCCUCGCUCAAAUUAGACGUCGAGUCCUACGGCAUGUACGGCAUGGACCGGGUCCAUCCGGAGGGGCCAGAAGUCACGUGGACGGCCGGUAUCACUGAUGAGGACUCGGAUACCCUCCAGGGCCGGUCGUAUUAUGUCCUAUCGCCGGCCGGCGACGUCUGGACGUCGGGCCGCAUGAUCGAGGCGCUCACCUUCGGCGCGAUCCCCGUGGUUGACGAGACCUACAAGACGGAUAAUGGAGUCAGCGCCAAGGGCUGCAAGGACCCGGCAUUGCGCUGGCGGCAGGUCGCCGCCGACACGUUUGUCUUUGUCGACGACUGGGCCAAGCUCCCCGAGACGCUGAUACAGAACGACGCUCUAGAUGUGGAGAAACGCGCCGCUCGGGUAUCACGGUUGCAUGGCGUCCUCCGCCGAGUCGCCGACGACGCGCGCGAGGCGAUUAUCCGACCACCUUCGCACGAAAAGACGGUCUGUACGACCGUCGACCUCUCCGACGACCAGCGCCAGCAGCUCGUCCAGCAGGCCUACGACUACUACACGCAGCCGGCGCUCGAGGGCGCACCGGCUGGCGGGAUGCCCUGGUUCGAUGCGUUCGUGGACAACCCGGCGCUGCCGGGGAACGUGUGCGGGUCGAAGGACCUCGGGGCGUCGGAGGGCGCCUUGUGUUUCGACGAGGCGUGCGCAUUGCCGACCGCCGCCUCCUUUUCGUGCAAGGCCGUCGACGAGCCCACUGUGUAAUGUGUUGUCUAUAACAAACAGGUA